GUCAGCCUGGAUUGUGUUCAUUGAAGGAAACUGUAUUCUCUUAACAGUGCUUAGGAAUUGGAGCAGGAGGGUUUUCCACAAAGUGACAGUCUGUAAACCCUGGGUGUACCCCCUCCUCAGAUGCACACCUGCAUACUCCUUUUGUCUGGACUGAAUAUUUAAAUUACAUCUCUGCUUUGAGAGUUCUUCUAGCAAAUCCUAGGAUUACAAGGGUAUUGUGCUGUCCGCGAACUAGAUGAUCUAACACCAUGAGGACAGCCAUCAUUCUCACUCUUCUUGUAACAGUAUGUUGGGCCAAACCCUUCCACCAGAAAGGGUUGUUUGACUUUAUGCUAGAGGAUGAGGCAUCUGGUUAUGGUCCAACACUUGAUCCAUUCCCUCGAGAACCAGUUGUACCUACCUGUCCCUUUCGCUGUCAGUGCCACCUCCGUGUUGUUCAGUGCUCUGACAUAGGACUAGAGCACGUGCCAAAGGACAUCCCAGCAGACACAACUCUUCUUGAUUUGCAGAACAACAAAAUCACUGAAAUUAAAGAUGAUGAUUUCAAGAAGCUCAAGAAUCUUCAUGCCUUAAUUCUCGUUAACAACAAGAUUAAAUCAAUCAGCCCUAAUGCAUUUGCCUCCCUGACAAAACUGGAAAGGCUGUACUUAUCAAAAAAUAACUUAAAAGAAAUUCCUGUUAACAUGCCCAAAUCAAUUCAAGAACUGCGUGUGCACGAGAACUCGAUCACUAAAGUAAAGAAAUCUGUGUUUGAUGGCUUGAAUAACAUGAUUGUUAUAGAACUCGGUACAAACCCAAUAGAAAGUUCUGGAAUUGAGAAAGGAGCUUUUCAAGGAAUGAAAAAACUGUCCUACCUAAGGAUCGCUGACACUAACAUUACUAGUAUUCCAAAAGGUCUACCAAGCUCUCUCACCGAGCUUCAUCUUGAUAGCAACAAAAUCACCAAAGUUGAUGCUGACAGUUUCAGUGGUUUAAACAACCUUGCAAAACUUGGUUUGGGUUUUAAUAACAUUGCCUUUGUUGAAAAUGGAUCAGUACCCAAUGCUCCACAUCUUAGGGAACUUCACUUAGAUCACAAUUCUUUAACCAAGGUGCCUGCUGGACUCGGUGAACACAAAUACAUACAGGUUGUGUACCUUCAUAGCAAUAAAAUUGCCGCUGUUUCAGUCAACGACUUUUGUCCCAUUGGAUACAACACCAAGAAGGCUUCCUAUUCAGGCAUCAGUCUGUUCAGCAACCCUGUGCAGUACUGGGAAAUUCAGCCAGCCACAUUCAGAUGUGUAUAUGAACGUUCUGCUGUUCAAAUUGGAAACUACAAGUAAACUGUUUCUAUGUUAUAAUGUAUUUCAAAUAAAGUUGUAUUUGUUAGUAUGUUUCUUCCAAAAAACCUAAGCAACAAAUAAAAAAUAAAAUUCCAGAAAAUGUCCUGAAUAAUAGAGUGUAUAAAGCAUUUGAUGAAGUGAUUCCCUACAUUGCAACGGGAUUACAUGCAGAUAAUCCAUAGUAUCGUGCAGCAACCCAUGAGUUAUGAAGGGAAUUGAUAGUUCAUAUUUAAAGUUAUGUAGAGGAUUCUGUUAUCAUGGUAGGUUUGCUUAUGUGUUGCUUCAGAAAAUGAAUGUUUUAGGCUCUAUUUCUCAGAGACAAAAACUUCUCACAUUGGUAAAUAUAUAACAUUUUUAGCAAAUGGUAAGGUCAUAAUUUCUCAUUGUCUUAAUUCAAAUUAUUUUAAUGGGCAAAUAACAAUAGGAAACAUGUUUAACUGAAUAGUAUCCACUGAUCAGCACUUAAUCUUUAUCAAGACAUAUAAGUGAUAUGUAUAGGAACGUCCCAAGCACAAGAAGCUCCAACCUAACUCAAUUCUGUAUGAACUAAAAAUUUGAAUAGGGAUAACUAAGGUUAUUAACUAGAAAAAUAAUAACUAAUGAAAUAUGUGUCACAAUAUAAUAACCAUACCAAUUGCAUUGCAUAAGUACCUUCGUGGGGAAUUUUAAGUGGAAAUGUGCUUUUCUGAAGUUUUGGGUUUUUUCACCCAAAUCACAGUUUAGCGGCAUUCUUUCAUUCGUGCUUUAUGCCCUUUUCAUGUCUGCCAUAAAACAUGUGAAAUCCAAUCCUUCAUCCGAACCGCAGUCCUUAAUACUAUGUUUGUACUUAAUGGUACUUUUAAGGCAUAGAAUUAUAUUAAUAUGUAUAGUACUUACACAUUUAAUAGGAGACAUAUAUUUGCCUUUUAAUAUACAAUUGACCAAUGCAGGCAUUUAAAAAAGGGAUAAAUAAUUAAAUUCAUUUAUGCAAAAUUAGCAAUAUUGUUCACAAGUGGCAGUUAAUGUUGGCCACAAAAUGAAAAAAAUAAUGGCUAUAUAUAUGAUUUCUGAUGUAUGAAAAUAAAUGUAUUGUAGAAAUAUAUUAAAAAAGCAUAUACAUGUACUGUUUGAAAAGGGUUUUAAGUAUGUGUACUACACUUAACAUUGGGCUGGAAUGUCUUACUUUCCAGAAAAGAAGAUAAUUGUGAAAUUUCACAGAGUUAUACAUGUCUAGAUAGUGAAUGGAUGUUAGAACUAUGUAGCAACUUCUAUUAUAAAUUGGAAUGCGAUGAAAGAUAUGUGGUAAAUUGCGGACUACUAUGGAGUAUCAGUACAAAAAAGAUUAUCUCCCUAUAAAUGUUACAAAAGUUAAUAAAUUGAAGCCAGAUGUGGAUCACAAAUUUAGAGCAGUAAGUGAUACGGCAAACUAAAGAUGACUGGAUAACGACAAUUAAGAGUGCAAAGCCUCAAUUGGUCUUCUGUUGUAUAGUUUUGUAUAGACUCUUAUACAACAUGUUUACAUUUUCCAAUUAAAUAAAGCUUUAGUUAGUAUGACUUUUA